GGUUGGUAUAUGGCGCUCGUAGUUUGUUGUGGAUACUUCGUCGAAACAACUUUACGAUUUUAAGUGAGACUCAGUGCGAUAAAUGUUCGGUGAAGAUCAGUGCUUCAGGUGACAGGUGCCAAACACACGGAAUUUCGUCCGAACUGUUAUCAAUAGGAGCCCACUUUAAAACCAAAAAUCGAUUCAAAAUGAACAACACAGAAAUGGUAGGAUUAGUGCGAAUGGCCUUCGAUAGAUACCAUACCAUCUUAGACAGGAUAAGUGAUCCUCGAACGUCAGACUGGCCGCUAAUGCAGAGUCCGGUUCCCACUAUAAUGAUGGUGGUAACAUAUUUGUACGUGAUCCUGAUCCUAGGCCCCCGUUUUAUGGCGAAUAGGAAACCCUUUAAAUUCCGCGAGGUACUCAUAGCCUACAAUGGAGCGCAAGUCCUUUACAGCCUUUUCAUGUUAUACGAGCAUUUAAUGAGCGGGUGGUUCUGGGAUUACAGCUUCAAAUGUCAACCUGUCGACUAUUCCAACAACAAAAAAGCCUUAAGGAUGGCAAACUUGUGCUGGUGGUACUACAUCUCGAAGCUAACAGAAUUCGCUGAUACAGUCUUCUUCGUGUUGCGCAAAAAAGACAGUCAAGUUACUCUCCUGCACCUGUAUCAUCACAGCCUCACGCCCUUGGAAACGUGGAUUCUUGUGAAAUUCCUUGCAGGUGGACAUGGCACGUUUUCCAACCUAAUCAACAAUAUGGUCCAUGUUAUCAUGUACUUUUAUUACAUGGUAGCUGCGAUGGGACCUGAAUACCAAAAGUAUUUAUGGUGGAAGAAACAUCUCACCACCAUUCAACUGGUGCAAUUCGGGCUGGUGUUCAUUCAUUCUGCUCAAUUGCUCUUCACCGACUGCGGCUAUCCGAGGUUCAUCGGAGCUCUUCUUCUUCUCCAUUCGGCAAUCUUCUUCGCGCUGUUCACACACUUCUACUACCAGACAUACAGUCGGAAACCCAAAUCAGUCAAAGCGGAAUAGUAAAGAUGUAUAGGUUUAGUAAAAAAUUGUAUUUAUUGUAUUGUAUAGUAGUAGACCAAUUGCAAUUAGACUUACUUUAAGUUGGUCACGAGUCAUGGACGAGUUAGAGUAGGACUAAAAUGAAAAUGGUCAAGUGUCAUAAUGUAGACAAAAGUAUUUUCGUACUUACUAUCUUCUUUUUACCUCAUCUGUGCAAUUCGUAUUUUAUGAUAUUAUCGUAGCAUAGUGACAGUAAAAUAUUCUUAACCUAGUCAUAGAUAGAUCUGUUUUAAAAACAGACGUGUAUUUAUCGAAAUCUUAGGGUGAGCAUAACCGGUGGCGAAUAACACGUCAGGAAGAGAAGCGAUACGACUGGGUAGAAAGAUGUUUGUUUUUCAAUCAAUCAAAAGUUUUGUGUGGUGGAACAGCCGUUUUGUGUCCAUCUGUGGCGUGUGCUAGGAAAAUUAUACGCUUCUAAUAAAGAUGUAUGUAUUCAGUGAAUACAGAAGACGUAUAACCUUAAGCAACAUUUUUCAAUAAUUUUAUUAUAUUAGUUAUUGGUGUAAUAUUUGUUACAAAUAUGUUACGUAAUUUGUAUUUGCUCAAUGUUUUAUAUUUUUAAUUUAAAUAAAUUUGUGAAACGUG